CACCCGCUCUAACUGCAUCGCUGCAAUUACCCCUUUCAUGGGGGACGUCUCCCUCUUUUUAUUUCCCUCUCUGUCUCUAACCACCCACUACUGCUACGGUUCCACCACCUCUUCUUAUAUAUAGCUAACAUUCUUUCCAUUUCAACAUCAACAAUGGUAUCUUUUCUGUUCUCUCUCAUCUGUCAAAGUACACAAUUUAAAUCAUAGGCUUAGAAAGAUUGAUGUUCCUGCAUGUCAGAGCUGUCCCAUAUUAUUGAAUUUGCAGAUUAAGGAACAGAACGAUAGGCAGAACGAUAGGUCUGCUCGAAAACAAUAAUACUGCCGUACCUGCUGCCACUCCAAUAGGUUGAGAACCUGGUCAUAUGGAUCAAAGUUUGCUCUGCGAUGAGGUGUGGCCUUCCAGCCCUCUGGCGACUGUUAAGAACUACAUGAUUGAUUUCCAAACAUUAUCAAUGUAUGCAAGAAGUAAGCAAGACUAUGAUGAAUCUUUUACUAUAUGCUUGGAGAAGGAGAUGAGUUACAUGCCCCAACCGAACUACGUAGAAAAUCUCUGCUCAAAUCACUUGGCUAUUGCUAGGAUUAAAUCAAUCCAAUGGUUUAUCAAGUCGAUAAGCCGCUUGAACCUGUCCCUUGGAACUGUUUUUUACGCUGCAAACUACCUUGAUCGAUUCAUAUCUAUGACUCCUUGCAAUGCAUGGAAACAUUGGAUGGUGGAAUUGUUGUCCAUUGCCUGCUUAUCCAUUGCCUCUAAGUUCAAUGAAACCUGCUCUCCUACCCUGCUUGAAAUUCAGAUGGAGGAUCUGGACUACUCUUUCGAUUCCAGCACAAUCCAACAAAUGGAAAUGAUGGUACUAGAGGCAUUAGGAUGGCGCCUUGCUUCUACGACAGCUUACUCGUACCUAGAACUGAUGUUAUCAUUGAUUGAUAUCGACUUCGGAUCCUUUAAACCUCAAAUUCACGAACAGUUGAUUGCCAGAUUCAACAGUUUGCUUCUUGGAUCUAUUUCAGACUCGAAGCUGCUGGAGUUUAGGCCAAGCGUGGUUGCCAUAUCGGCUCUAGGUUGCAGUCUUGACAAGUCACUUGUUUCAAGUACUGCAUCUGAUACCUACCGAGCCUGUGCUACAAGUCUACUGGAUAAUAAUCAAAAGGCUGAAUUGGUCAGGUGCCAGAAGUUCAUGGAAGCAAAAUCAGUAGCUGAUGAUUGCUUAUUAGUUCACGGGGUUUUCCAUUUCUGCCCUUCAAGUCCCACAACUGUGUUACUGAAGGAGCGGAUUAAUUAUUAUCAUGUUGAUUUCUCCCUCUUUAAGAUGAGAGCUCAGAAAGUGAACACUGCAGAUUCAACAAGGAUCUGCCAGAAGAGAAAGAGGGUAGAAGAAGAAAAACACUAAUAAACAAACACCAUGUUUCAUUGUUUUCUUUUAAGCUUUAACCUGCAUGGAAUUGUUGUAACACCAUAUAGUGAGAUUUACGGCCAAGAAAAUCUUGGCCUUUGUUGUAACACCUUAUAUUAGAUAAGAAAUAAGAGCAAGCAUUCCCGGCCUGCUUCUAACCUAGCAUUAAUACUUUCAUGUGUUGCCAAAUCACGUACUAUACAGCAAAC